UGAGAUCAAAAUUGUCACUGUCAAAUGGACAGUCAUCAAUUUAAGAAAAUCUUUUGAAAACAUCAAUUAAACAAUAUCUUCAUUAAAGAUAAAGUAUGCUGCGUACUACCUUGGGUAAGGUCCUAAAUGGGGGCCCAUUGAGCCCCAAGCAUGUUGGCAUUCUGUCAAGGGCCAGCAGCCAGGGACCGAAGAAGCCCGAGCAAAUUGAAGUGUUCAUUGAUGAUGUCCCUGUUAAGGUCGAUCCGGGAACCACUAUUCUACAGGCAGCAGCCCUAGUUGGCGUCGAAAUCCCUCGCUUCUGUUAUCAUGAAAGGCUGGCAGUUGCUGGCAACUGCAGAAUGUGCCUCGUGGAGGUCGAAAAGAGUCCCAAACCCGUUGCAGCAUGUGCGAUGCCUGUAAUGAAAGGGUGGAGAAUCAAAACUGACUCAGAAAUGACGAAAAGGGCUCGCGAGGGUAUCAUGGAGUUUCUGCUGGUAAACCAUCCUUUGGAUUGCCCAAUUUGUGACCAAGGAGGGGAAUGUGAUUUGCAAGACCAGAGCAUGGCAUUUGGUUCAGAUAAAUCAAGAUUUACAGAUAUUGAAUACAGCGGCAAAAGAGCAGUGGAAGACAAAGAUUUUGGGCCCCUGAUCAAAACCAUCAUGACUAGAUGCAUUCACUGCACUAGAUGCAUCCGAUUCGCUUCAGAAGUAGCCGGAGUUGAUGAUUUGGGUACAACUGGCAGAGGCAACGACAUGCAAAUUGGCACAUAUGUGGAAAAGAUGUUCCUAUCGGAACUAUCAGGGAAUGUUAUUGACUUGUGCCCAGUGGGGGCUUUAACUAGCAAGCCGUACAGUUUCACUGCAAGGCCCUGGGAAAUAAGGAAAAUUGAUUCUAUCGACGUUUUGGACGCCAUUGGAUCAAAUAUCGUCGUAUCUUCCAGGACUGGGGAAGUGAUGAGGAUCAUGCCCAGAGUUAAUGAAGAAAUUAAUGAGGAAUGGAUAGCCGAUAAAUCUCGAUUCUCCUACGAUGGCUUGAAAAGACAGCGACUGGUCACUCCAAUGUUAAGAGACAACACUGGUGAAUUGAAACCAGUAGAUUGGGAGGCUGCCCUUCUAACCGUGGCCAAACAAAUAAAAAAUGCCGGUUCAAGUAUUGGAGCAGUUGCGGGUGGUUUUGCUGAUGCUGAAGUCCUAGUCGCAGUCAAAGACCUUCUGAACCGCCUGGGGUCUGAGGCUCUCUGUACUGAGCGCACUUUCCCUACAGACGGAUCCGGAACCGACUUGCGUUCAAGUUACUUGCUUAACAACGGCAUUGCUCUAGCCGAAGAAGCCGAUUAUGUGCUUUUAGUGGGCACGAAUCCUCGACUGGAAGCGCCGUUAUUGAACUCCAGGUUAAGAAAAGGCUUCGUGCACAAUGAGCUAGACGUGGCCUUGAUCGGUCCAAAAGUUGACCUUAGUUACAAAUACAAUCAUUUAGGGGAUAGCCCGAGUGUCCUGCAACAGCUAGUAAGUGGUCAGCAUGAAGUAAGCAAGAAAUUGCAGUCAGCGAAGAAGCCGUUGAUUAUUGUCGGCUCUGAAGUGUUGGAAAGAUCGGAUGGAAGUGCCAUCUUGGCUGCUGCUCAGAAGUUAUCCGCCUCAACCAACCCAGAAGCAAAGGAAUGGAAAGUUUUAAACGUGCUACAUAAAGUGGCCAGCCAGGUUGCCGCUCUAGAUAUUGGAUAUGCUCCUGGAGUGGAUAAGAUCAGAGAAUCCAACCCGAAAGUAUUACUGCUAUUGGGUGCAGAUGACGGCGCUAUUGAAAAAUCAGAUUUGCCCAGCGAUACCUUUGUUAUCUACUUGGGUCAUCAUGGAGAUUUGGGGGCUUCAAUAGCAGAUGCUAUCCUGCCGGGUGCAGCCUAUACGGAAAAACAAGCCACAUAUGUGAACACAGAGGGAAGGGCACAACAGACGUUGGUUGCAGUUACUCCACCUGGCCGGGCUAGAGACGAUUGGAAAAUUAUCCGGGCACUAUCUGAAAUUGUGGGCGCUAAAUUGCCUUACGAUAAUCUAACCGAUAUCAGAAAUCGACUGGAUGAGGUCGCACCUCAUUUGACCAGAUAUGGAGAAGCUGAAAAUGCCAAUUUCUUCAAACAGGCACAGGAUUUGGCAAAGAAUGUGAAAACUCAGCUGGACAAUACGCCUUUGGAUGUAAAGCUGAAAGAGCUUUCCGACUACUUCAUGACUGAUUCGAUCAGUAGGGCUUCCCCAACAAUGGCAAAGUGCGUUCAAGCCGUGCUCAAACAGAAGCAGUCGAAAUUCUAGAAACCACAUGCGUUUUUAAGUGAUAACUAGAAUAAUUAAAACAUUUUCACUGUGUAAGCUGUUUUGUUUUGAUGUUGAACACCUUAUGCUUAGUUUGUAUAAGUUGUAUAUUUAUAUUUAAGUAAAUUCAUAAUAAAUACAGUGUGCUGUUGUAUUACAA